AUCUUUGAAAAAAAUCAUGCAAAAUUUUUCCAUCAAAUUAAUCAUUGUUUAGUGAAUAUCCUGGAUAUUGAGGAAUAUACAGAGAGACAUUUCGGAAAAUUUCGGAAAUCAGCCUGAUUCCAUCUGUUCGAAGAAAAAGAAGAAUCCCAAAAGAAUAAUUUGUCUUGUUGCUUUUAUGAAAAUUGAUCUCAAAUAACAGCCAAAAAUGGCGGCGCCAUUGAGCCAAAACUUUAACGAAACGAGCAAAGAGAGAUUGAUUCCCAAAUAUUCAGAGUAUGGAUUGGAUCCAUCAUUUUACGUAGAACGCGAAGGAUUUUGGCGUCGAUUAUGCAAUAGAAUUAAGAAAUCAUGCAGUAAUGUUAAACACGGUUCGAUCAAGGCAAUUGAUAUGGGUCGUAAGGAUCCUCGGAAGGUCAUUUUUGCUGCUAAAAUGGGUUUAGCUCUUUCCCUUGUUUCGGUUAUCAUUUUCUUCAAAGAGCCCUUAUCCUAUAUUGGUACAUAUUCCAUUUGGGCCAUCCUCACUGUUGUCGUCGUAUUCGAGUUCAGCAUAGGUGCGACACUCAGCAAAGGAUUCAACAGGGCUUUGGGGACAUUGUCUGCUGCAGGACUAGCUGUAGGCAUUGCUGAAUUAUCUGUUAUGGCUGGAGAAUGGCAGGAGGUUGUGAUUGUGGUCAGCAUUUUUGUUUCAGGUUUUCUUGCAACUUACUUGAAAUUGUAUCCUGCAAUGAAGCAAUAUGAAUAUGGAUUUCGGGUGUUCUUGUUGACAUAUUGUAUUGUGCUGGUAUCGGGAACUUCACAUUUUUUUCACGCAGCUGUUUCGCGAUUGUUGCUAAUUGGAGUUGGUGCUGGUGUCUGUUUGCUUAUAAAUGUUGGCCUCUACCCUAUUUGGGCUGGUGAAGAUUUGCACAAAUUGGUGGUAAAGAAUUUUAAACGUGUUUCUACUUCUUUAGAAGGUUGUGUCAAUGGAUAUUUGCAAUGUCUUGAAUAUGAUCGGAUACCAUCAAAAAUUCUUGUUUACCAGGCCUCUGAUGAUCCUGUGUAUAGCGGAUACAGGGCCACUUUGGAGUCAACAAGCCAAGAGGAUUCUCUGCUAACUUUUGCUGAAUGGGAACCCCCUCAUGGCCGUUACAAGAUGUUCAAUUAUCCGUGGGCUGAUUAUGUUAAAGUCAGUGGUGCAUUGAGGCAUUGCGCUUUCAUGGUCAUGGCUAUGCAUAGCUGUAUUCUUUCAGAAAUACAGGCAGCAUCUGAUUUGAGGCAAAUCUUCUGCAAGGAGAUCCAGAGAGUUGGGAUUGAAGGAGCUAAAGUAUUACAACAUCUUGGAGACAAAGUUGAAAAAAUGGAGAAACUUAGCCCUAGAGACCUUCUCGAAGAAGUUCAUGAGGCUGCCGAGGAUCUACAACUGUUGAUUGACCAAAAAUCUUAUCUUUUGGUUCAGGUGGAGAACUGGGAAAAUGCAAAACAAGCUAACCAGUUUGAAGAUCCUGAACAUAUUCAGGAACUGAAAGACAAUGAACCUAAAGGCAUUGGGAUAAACUCCCUUAGUGAAGCAGGUCUCAAUCUAAGGUCUGCUCAUACAUUGAAACACAUGGAUACUUAUAAUCGAAAUUCAAGUAUGAAUAUUUCUGCUGCACAAAUGUCUUCCUCUGGAAAUGUGUUCAAUCAGAUGGUGUGGCCUUCACGACUUUCAAUUCUUGGAGAUGUGAUUUUAAAUGAACGUGAAGUACGUACAUUUGAAAGUGCAUGUCCAUUGUCAUUGUCCACUUUUACUUCCUUGUUAAUUGAGUUUGUUGCAAGACUUCAAAAUCUUGUAAAUGCAUUUCAACAGCUUAGUGAGAAGGCAAAAUUUAAGGAACCCGUAGAUGCAGCUGGUGCAGAGGAGGCAGCUAACUUGUAGAAAUUAAGUCGAUCUCUUUUUUAAGAAAACUCAGUGUCACAAGUUCUGUUUGUGCUAAUGCUCAUCAUGAAGAUGCUAUAAGCAGCACAUCACUUAGGUAAGUAUAUACUCAGUAUGAAAACUGUUCUUAGGAAAUGGAUUUUUUGUUCUGCAGCAAGGCAAGGAAUUCCAGGGUUCGAGAUCACAGAAAACCGAUUUGUUCAGCCAAACUAGUGAAUUCUUGUAGAUGUGACUAUAGUA